UGAUUGGAUUCUUCCGUAGAUCCAGCUGAAGAAAGAAUUUCAAUCCCAAAAGAAAAAGCGAACUUCAUCCAGAAUGUCUCCCUUGUGGAGGAUGUAGUUUCAAUUCACACUCUUUGUUUUUCAACCUAUUUUGGUUUUCGAGUGGAGUUGUUGAAUCUGCAGAAAUGGCUGCCGUUCCGGUUGAAGAAGCAAUCGCUGCUCUGUCCACAUUCUCCUUAGAUGAUGAGCAGCCAGAAAUUCAGGGGCCAGGAGUUGUUGUGUCGAGUGAAAGAGGCGCCACUGAAAGUCCUAUUGAGUAUAGUGAUGUUUCUGCCUAUCGUUUGUCUCUUUCAGAGGACACAAAAGCUCUUGUUCAGCUGAACACUCUUGUCGAGGAGGGAAAGGAAAUGGCAUCUGUUCUUUAUACAUAUCGUAGUUGUGUUAAAGCACUUCCUCAGCUUCCUGAUUCUAUGAAGCACAAUCAAGCUGACUUGUAUCUAGAAACAUAUCAAGUUCUAGACUUGGAGAUGAGUCGGCUGCGUGAAAUUCAACGGUGGCAAGCAUCAGCUUCAUCUAAACUAGCAGCUGAUAUGCAACGUUUCUCUAGGCCAGAACGGCGAAUCAAUGGCCCUACAGUAACCCAUCUUUGGUCGAUGCUGAAGCUACUUGAUGUUUUAGUACAACUUGAUCAUCUAAAAAAUGCUAAAGCAAGCAUACCUAAUGAUUUCUCUUGGUACAAGAGGACAUUCACACAAGUUAGUGUCCAGUGGCAAGAUACUGACUCAAUGAGGGAAGAAUUAGAUGAUCUACAGAUUUUCUUAAGCACAAGGUGGGCCAUCUUACUAAACUUGCAUGUUGAGAUGUUCCGUGUGAACAAUGUAGAUGAUGUUCUUCAAGUUCUUAUAAUAUUUGCUGUUGAGUCAUUGGAAUUAGAUUUUGCUCUUUUGUAUCCAGAGCGGCACAUGCUUCUUCGUGUUUUGCCUAUUCUUGUUGUCCUAGCAACAUCAUCAGAGAAGGAUAGUGAGUCGCUGUACAAAAGGGUGAAAUUUAACAGACUGAUAAAUAUAUUCAAGAAUGAUCCAGUGAUUCCUGCGUUCCCAGACCUUCAUCUUUCUCCUGCUGCAAUUUUCAAAGAAUUGUCAAUGCACUUCCAAAAGUUUUCCAGCCAAAGUCGUCUUCUAACUCUACCAACACCUCAUGAACUUCCACCUCGCGAGGCACAAGAAUAUCCUCUGCACAUUUUGAUUUUAUUGAUGUUAAGAUCUUCUGCUCUUGCCUUAGUUUACCUUGACAAUAUUACUUAUCAGAGACAUUAUCUAAUUGUCAAUCACAUGGCAGCAAUUCGUGCUGAACAUGAUGAUUUUACAAUUCGUUUUGCUUCGUCUAUUAAUCAGCUAUUACUGUUGAAGUCAAAUGAUGUCGCAGAUGUUGAGUGGUUGAAAGAAGUUAAAGGAAAUAUGUAUGAUAUGGUUGUUGAAGGCUUCCAGCUGUUAAGCAGAUGGACAGCAAGAGUUUGGGAGCAAUGUGCAUGGAAAUUUUCUCGCCCCUGCAAGGACGUUUCUUCUCCAGAGUCACAGGAAUCCUUGACAUCUUAUUCUGACUAUGAGAAGGUGGUACGAUAUAAUUAUAAUGUAGAGGAAAGGAAAGCACUUGUGGAACUGGUUAGCUACAUAAAGAGUGUUGGAUCAAUGAUGCAGCGGUGUGACACAUUGGUGGCUGAUGCUUUGUGGGAAACAAUACAUGCUGAGGUCCAAGAUUUUGUUCAAAAUACACUAGCUACUAUGUUGCGGACUACAUUCCGAAAGAAAAAGGACCUUGCAAGGAUUCUUUCCGAUAUGCGGACUCUUUCAGCAGAUUGGAUGGCAAACACUACCAAGCCUGAAUCCGACUUUCAGUCUUUACAACAUGGAGGUGAAGAAACUAAAGGGAAUUUCUUUUAUCCAAGGCCGGUAGCUCCAACAGCAGCACAGGUUCAUUGCUUGCAGUUUCUGAUAUAUGAGGUGGUGUCUGGUGGUAAUCUUAGGAAGCCCGGGGGGCUCUUUGGGAACAGUGGGUCUGAGAUCCCUGUUAAUGAUUUGAAGCAGCUAGAAACGUUUUUUUACAAGCUUAGUUUCUUCCUGCAUAUACUAGAUUAUUCAGCAACUAUUGCAACUUUGACAGAUCUUGGUUUUUUAUGGUUUAGAGAAUUUUAUUUGGAGUCUUCUCGUGUCAUUCAGUUUCCCAUUGAAUGCUCUCUUCCCUGGAUGCUGGUGGAUCAUGUGCUCGAGUCCCAAAAUGCAGGCCUUCUUGAAAGUGUACUGAUGUCAUUUGACAUCUACAAUGAUUCCGCACAGCAUGCACUGGUUGUGCUGAAGCAGCGGUUCCUCUAUGAUGAAAUUGAGGCUGAGGUGGACCAUUGUUUGGAUAUAUUUGUUUCAAAACUCUGUGAGACUAUCUUCACGUAUUACAAGAGCUGGGCUGCCAGCAAGCUGCUUGAUCCAUCAUUCCUCUUUGCCUUGGACAAUGGAGAAAAGUGUUCUAUUCAGCCUGUGCGCUUCAAAUCACUUCUAAAGAUCACUAGGGUGAAGUUAUUAGGGAGGAUUAUUGAUCUCAGAAGCUUAAUUGCUGAACGCAUGAACAAAGUCUUUAGAGAGAAUCUUGAGUUUCUCCUUGAUCGUUUUGAAUCACAGGAUCUAUGUGCUAUAGUAGAACUGGAAAAGCUGAUUGAUGUAUUAAAGCAUGCCCAUGAGUUGCUUUCCAAAGAUCUUACAAUAGAUUCAUUCAGUUUCAUGUUAAAUGAGAUGCUGGAGAACACGUCUCUUGUGUCAUAUUCUAGCCGACUUGCUUCUCAGAUUUGGUCAGAAAUGCAAAGUGAUUUCUUGCCAAACUUUAUACUUUGCAAUACCACUCAGCGAUUCAUCCGAUCUUCUAAAGUCCCUCUUGUUCCUGUUCAAAAGCCAUCUGUUCCAUAUGCCCGGCCUAGCUUCUACUGUGGUACUCAGGAUUUGAAUUCUGCUCAUCAAAGUAUUGCACGUCUCCAUAGUGGGUUUUUUGGAAUCCCACACAUGUUUUCCAUUGUUAGACUUCUAGGAUCGAGGUCAUUGCCCUGGCUCAUUCGAGCACUCUUGGACCAUGUAUCAAAUAAGAUAGCUACACUUGAACCAAUGAUUACAGGGUUGCAGGAAGCACUUCCUAAAUCUGUGGGAUUGCUUCCUUUUGAUGGGGGAGUAUCAGGUUGUGUGAGGCUUGUUAAAGAGCAACUUAAUUGGGGGAAAAAAUCAGAGCUCAAAGGAGAGGUUCUUCGUGGGAUUAAGGAGAUUGGAAGUGUGUUAUAUUGGAUGGGCCUCCUUGAUAUUGUAUUGAGAGAAUUGGAUACCACACACUUCAUGCAAACAGCACCAUGGUUGGGUUUAAUUCCUGGUGCAGAUGUGCAAAUUUUGCAGUCCCAAGAUGGAGGUGAUAGUCCUGUUGUCAACCUCUUCAAAUCCACUACUGCUGCAAUUGUUUCAAACCCUAGGUGCUCAAAUCCCACAUCUUUCUACACCAUCUCAAAACAGGCAGAAGCCGCAGAUCUAUUGUACAAGGCUAACAUGAAUACUGGAAGUGUGUUGGAAUAUGCACUUGCUUUUACAAGUGCGGCAUUAGAUAAAUUUUGUUGUAAAUGGAGUGCAGCUCCCAAAUCAGGGUUCAUUGACAUUACAACUUCAAAUGAUUUCCAUCGUAUAUACAGUGGCCUCCAACUGGAAUAUCUGGAAGAGUCUAUUCAAUUUCCUCCAAACAAUCAUGAAGUGCUGGGCGAUUCCAUUGCUUGGGGUGGUUGUACCAUAAUAUACUUGCUUGGACAACAGUUGCAUUUUGAGCUAUUUGACUUUUCAUAUCAAGUCCUCAAUAUUGCAGAAGUUGAAGCAUUAUCAAUCGCGCAUACACACAAAGGUCCUCAUAUGAACCAGGGAUGGGAAGCCCUACUAGAAGCAAUGAAAAAGGCAAGGAGAUUAAACAAUCAUGUAUUUUCAAUGUUGAAAGCACGUUGCCCUCUUGAAGACAAAAAAGCUUGUGCCAUCAAGCAAAGUGGUGCCCCACUGCACCGGAUUAAGUUCGAGAAUACUGUUUCUGCAUUUGAAACGCUGCCCCAGAAAGGUGCUUCGGUGAGUUAAGUAAUCCCUACCAUUCUCCACUUGUCAUCAUGUAAUACGUUGCAAAUUUUUCUGGGUUGUAUUUGUUAUAUUAUUUACUAAAAUUAUGCCUGGAUUGGUACAAACUGCACAUGUUUUUCAUGCUGAGUAUAAAGAGGAUAUGACAAGGUUUUAUUCUGCGGCUUUAUUUAUAUUUUGAUUUAAUUGUAAUCUCAAUUUCAUAAUAUAACAACGUAAUUUUA